CUCGAGUUGAUAGUCAAGAUCCCCCUCGGUUAAACAAACGAGUACUUGAGCUCAGUAAAUAUUACCAAGAAGAGGAGAUUUUGGAAUCAUCGGUUUGUUGCCAUUUAUAUGUCAGAUCAACUGUUCCUUGGCAAUGUUUUCCAGCCCCAGUACGUCCACACCCUUCUCGGUUAAGGAUAUAUUAAACCUGGAGCAGCACACUAGAGCUGAGGACCUGGUCUCACUGGACAUCUCUCCACGGAUGGACUGUGCCUUACCGACCUCCUCCUGCAUGCUGGGCCGCCUGAAACAGGAGCCGCUCCGGGAGAUGUCGUCUGGAGGCUCGCUGUUUGGAGAGGAGCUCCAUGAGGCUAAAGCCAACAGAAAUACUGCCCUCAACUUCUCCGCUGCCUUCUAUGGGAAAUCUUUCUUAGAAAUGGACAUCAAGGAUGGCAAGACGGACAGAUUUGAGGGGAAAUACAGAAAAGACAUGUCCUACAUCUCUCAGAGUGAGCCGGUGGAGGACCUGAAGUCAGAGGACCCGGAUCUGCCCGCCAAACCCCGGAAGCGCAGGAAGCCGCGCGUGCUGUUCUCACAGGCGCAGGUGUAUGAGCUGGAGCGUCGCUUUAAGCAGCAGAAGUACCUGUCGGCUCCGGAGAGAGAUCACCUGGCCGGGGUGCUCAAACUGACCCCCACACAGGUCAAGAUCUGGUUCCAGAACCGCCGCUACAAGUGCAAGAGACAGCGACAGGACCAGAGCCUGGAGAUGGUCGGUAUCCCGCCGCCGAGACGCAUCUCAGUCCCAGUACUGGUCCGAGAUGGGAAGCCCUGCCUUGGAGACUCGACGACCUAUAAUAGUUCAUAUAAUGUGGGCCUUAACCAUUUCACGUAUAAUAGUUAUCCAGCGUUCAGUAAUUAUCCCAGUCCUGGCUGUAAUAUGAACCAUGCGUGUAACUAUCCCACCACUGCGGUUCAGUCUAUCCAGCCCUCACCAAACAACGGGAAUUACAUGAACUUCGGCGUUGGGGAGUUAAAUAACGUUCAAAACACGUUUCCGUCCGGCAAUGGAGUGUCUUCUUUACAUGGAAUCAGAGCGUGGUGAACGAAGGAUCGAUAUAUUAUCGUCAGACAAAUUGUUUUAAAUUGCAUGCGCUUUUGCAAUGGAUGCAUAGGCUUACUUGAGUGUUAUGUCGAUAUAUUCCAUGUACUAUACUUCGACUGGCAAACUCUUGAUGGAUGCUUAAACUACAUUUAUUUUAUUUUCAUUAGGUUACUAGUUUCUGAGAUGGAAUAGGGAGUUAAUUGUGCUGUUGUAUAGGAGAUGAAGGUAUCUUCUUCAGUGGGAAGGAAAAAGACGUAUACAAUUUGUCAGUGGACAUCUUUCCCUCACGAUCACCGUUUUCUUUGAGGUCACACAUGUACUGUAAGGCAAUUAUGUUUGUGGGUACUUAAUACACGUAUUAUAUGUAA